AUGAACACUUUUCCUAAAGGAACCAGAGUUUUCUAUUGGUUAUGUACCAGGCCCAUUGUGUAUGCAACCAUUCAAUCCUCAAGCAGGAUGCCAGAUGGCACCCAAAUUUUGGUUAGCAAAGACGAUUAUGGUGAAACCGUAACCCUUCUCACUGCUGGUGUCACCCUGUCUAGUACAUUUUGGCCCUGCCCACAUCUGUUCGUCUUCGACGAACACAGAGACACAGAGACAAGUGCACAUAGUGUUAUACAUGAGAUGUCAAAUCCGCUGCUUGCAAGGCCUCCUUUUUUUGCAAGCCGUCUGUGUCUGUUUGUCAAAUACGAAUACACACACCAAGUACCGAUGGCUACAAUGAUCCACCAGUGGUAA